AAAGGUGGCAAAGACCCGCGCCCCAAGAAACCUAAACCAGAGUCCUAUAAAAAUGGAGGGAGAUACAGAAUCCUCACAAUAUUUGAAGUGAUAGAAAGACCAAAUGGCGGAAAAGAACUCCCCUGCUCUGCCGCAAGAUACCAACGCAGAAUGGGACGCCCGUAUCGGUUUGGCUUUCCGCCGGUUCGUUUACCCCUCCGUGGCCGGUGCCUGCGGUAGCUUUUUCUUUAAGAGUCCUGCGGGACGCUGGGCCUCAUUGGCUUUUGGUGCUGGAGUGGGUGUUGGAUCUGCAUACGCAGAAUGCUAUGGAUCUUCAGCAAAAUUUGCUAACCCUAAGAGUUCAGAUAUUCCUGCUUCUCCAAAUGGAGAGGACUGAGAUGAGGAAGUUAUUUUUUGAAAAAUCUCGAUCAGAACCGCAAAAAAAAUUGAGGCUACUUAAAUUAACUUUCUCAUCACUUUGAAAAAUGAGAUGAGAAAGUAAUUUAAGUAGCCUCAAUUUUUACGUGGUUGUGAUCGAGAUUUUUCAUAAAUUCUUGUUGGGUGUUGUUGUUUCCUUUUGGCUGUUGUUGUUGGCCAAUAUUCUUCUAGAUGGGGUUAACAUUUAACCCAGUUAUGAACUGGAAGUUUUUUAUGAACCAAAUAGGCUUUUGCCUUGUUAACUCUAAUGAGAAAAUUAUGAAUAAAGGUUGCUUUUGUUGUAGCAUUGGGCUAGAUAUGA